AUGGUUGACGAUAAGCUUUUUACGGAGCGGUUUGGCUAUGCGGUUCUGGCCAUCGCACAGUCUCUGCACCCGAAUCAUCCGCAACACAUUCUGGGAUGGCUGGUGCUCAACUUGCUGGUGUACGGCACGGUGGCUUUGGGCGGCCGCGACCCCUUUAGCAUUUUCUUCAUUCUCUGUGCGGCGGGAGCUGUGCUUCUACAUUUGCUCAUGUCGCACCAACGCCGCUGCGAACAUAAUGAUCGUCCAAUCACGGCACAAGAACACGAAAUGCUUGACACGGUCCAAGCUCGUCUUGAAACGCUGCACAACUGCUAUCAAAUUACCAUCCAAACCCUCAACCCAUUCAAGCCUGUGAAUGUGUCCCAGACCAAGGAGCGGAGUCAAGCCCUCAAGCUGGCGCUGGUCGCGGUUGCUCUGGCGCUUCUGUCUUUGCGCUUCUCUGCCACCCUCAUUCUCCUGGUUGCGGUCAAUGCGAUGGCCAUCUAUGUUCUGGAUCUUGACCUCGUCUCGACCUCAAUCCGCCUCAAAAACUGGGUGCAGCAUCAUUUGCCACACGCCGGUCGACAUUGA